AGGAAGAAGAAAGGAAGACCGAUCAUCUUGGUUAAAGUUGCAUCACUGGAACCGCCUUCUGAUGAUGGUACAGAUCCACGCCCUGUCACGCGAUAUGGAGAAUUUGGUGUUCCAGCAGGAGAGCUAUUCGGGGAGCCGGCUGUUACAGUACAGUUGAACCCUCUUCAUUGGCUGUGGUGGAACUCAAAGGCAAAAACAACAAUUAGGCCACGGCAAGCAAAGCCAGCAAGUCAGCAAAACUAUUGGAGAAUUUGACAAAAAAGUUUGUUAAGCAGCUCUGCCUAUUAAUGCCCAAUUUCCGACUUCCCCUUGCACGUCGACGAUGUUGACAAGUUUCACCCCAUGUUUGAGUUUCUUGGCGAACAGCAGCAGCAAUGGGACAACCCCAUCUGCAGGCUGCUGCACUGCACUCAAAACUAUGAUGAGCAAUGGCACUGCUUGUCUCUGUGUUAUUGCAACUGGUGGCAUUCCCUUUCAAAUUCCGAUCAAUCCGAACGCAACCAUGUCUCUUCCCCGUGCUUGUAACAUGGCUGCUGUUCCAUUCCAAUGCAAAGCCUCAAGUCCACCUGCAGCGGCUCCAGGUCCUUCUGGUGCUGGUGCUACUGCUCCAAGUUCUUCACCAACAGCUGCCCCUAGUCCUUCUCCUAGUCCUAAAGAUACGACUGAUUCUCCGCCAAUGUCACCAACUUUGGCACCAGAAGCUGAGGUAGUUCCUGCUGUAACUCCAACAUCUCCAUCCGCGACGAAUUCCGGCCGUCGACAAAACCCUGUUACGCCAUCAGCUGCCCUUUCUCUCAACUAUGGUUUUUCACCAUUAUUCCUCCUUGUUGCAUUUGGUGCAAUUGGUUUUAUGUUGUAUUAGUUUGAGAUGAUAAGACACCAAAAUUAGUGAAUUUGUGUUCAAUGGGGUGGGGGUAUUUAUGGCAUUUAUUUUGAGAUUUUUAUUAUAAUGUUAAGAAAUUAUUCUUUCAUUUGUGAAGCUAUGAUACUGAUGUAAUAUAGAUAUUCAGAAGAUUAUGUACUUUUUGUGUUAUUUGGGACCUUUGAAUUAAUUUAAAUUUGGGCAUUUGUUAUGUUUU